AUGGCGGACGCCCCUUGGUCAGCCUUUCAGGGCAGCAUAACGUCGCUGACAGUCCGAGACUGGAUAGUGGCUUUGAUAUUAUCCUGGCUUGCAUUUAAACUUUUGCAAGCAUUAUACAAUAUCUCGCCUUUUCACCCGCUGAGCAAGGUCCCUGGUCCAAAACUUGCGGCAGCAACAUAUCUGCCCGAAUUCUACUACGAUGUGAUCCUCGUCGGUCGCUAUACCCAUGCUAUCAAACAAAUGCACGAGAAAUAUGGGCCUAUUGUUCGGAUCAACCCCAAUGAGCUGCACUGCGCUGAUAUGUCCUUCUCGGACGAGAUUUACGCAGUCGGCGGUCGCAAACGCGAUAAGCCUUUCCACCAAGUCAACGGCUCCGCAGCUGGUACAGGAAAUGCUUUUGGUACCGUCGAUCACGAUCUCCACCGUGCCAGGCGUGCGCCUGUCGCCAAGUUCUUCUCACGAGCCAUGAUUGCACGUCUUGAACAAGAAGUCCACGACCUGGCACAAACACUCUGCAAUAAACUCUUGGCCGAGAACAAGGAUGAGAAGGAACGCAAACCUUUUGAAAUCGCGCAUGCAUACAGCUGUUUCACAUCUGACGCCAUUUCAAGCUAUUGCUUCGGCGAAGCCUUUGGGUUACUAUCACAAAAUCAGUGGCAGCCUAAUUAUCGCGAAGCUACACUCGCGGUACUCAAACCAGUGUUCUUCUUCCGCUUUUUUCCUAUCCUUGUUUCUAGCGUGAAGCUGGGUAAGUAUCUUGUCGACUAUUUACCAGCUGAUACUGCGCUUCUCAUUCGAACUUUACAAAUCGACAUCCCGUCUCGUGUUCAAAAGACGAAAAACGACUUGGAUUCUGGCAUUGUCUAUGAUCGGCCGAGUAUUUUUGCAGAUCUGCUGCAAUCUGAGCUCGAUGAAAGUGAGAAGAAACAGGAUCGUCUAGUUGAAGAGGCUGUUACUAUCGUCAACGCUGGCACUGAAACCACGAGCUGGGCGUUGGCUGUGAUAACAUACUUUCUCUUAUCACAGCCCGAGACUUUGACGAAACUACAAGACGAGCUGAAGCAAGUUGUUGAAGACCCAUGCCAUUUACCUUCUUGGACGACACUGGAGCAGCUUCCCUAUCUUGGAGCUGUCAUCAAUGAAGGUCUGCGUCUAUCCUAUGGCGUUUCCAGCCGCACAGCCCGCGUGCCGACAACAGAAGACCUUGUGUACCGAGGGGAGUUUAACAAGAAGCCAACGACUCUGGUUCUACCUCGAGGCUAUGCAAUCGGCAUGUCAGCAGCCAUUUCUCACCACGACGAGGCUGUUUUCCCAGACUCGUAUGCUUUUGCUCCUGAACGAUGGAUCGAUGAGGACAUCAAGAUCAGAAAGGAUCUGGAGAGGUCUAUGAUUGCGUUUUCGAAGGGCAGUCGUGGAUGUCUUGGUAAAAAUCUCGCUCUGUGCGAGUUAUACCUCUCUCUUACAGCUCUAGUUUUGAGAGUGAUGCCGUACAUGCGUCUAUAUGAGACAACGGAGAGGGAUAUUCGCUAUGACCACGACAUGUUCAUUCCGAUGACGGAGAGUGGAAGUAAAGGAUUGCAACAACUUCAGAACCAGCAUUCUCCUAUAAUAGCCGUCCUCGUAUUCUACCUAUUCCAACACUUCAACAACCUACACCUCUUACAUCAGAGAGGCCCAUUGCCAUUCCCGCAACAGGCUCAAAAAUUGGCUCCCCCUUCCUACGAGCCUUCCCGCCUAUCCUCGAAGAUAGAUAUCAUCUUCCCCGAGAAGUCUUCCUCAGAUUUCUCGAUGACCUCAAUCGUUUCAGUCAAUGCGGCAGCUACUCUUUCGACCUACGCUAUGAGUAAAUGUCGAAGUGAACUCUGCAUCAGCAAAGCCAACAAAGAGCUCUUCAUGCCUAGAGGUCUCAAAGCUGAGUUUGCGAAGUUGGAUGCAGUUGCUCGUUAUGCUCAGAUCCCCAUUCUGGAUAACAAGGGCAAGGUUGAGAAGAAUGGCAUGGUUCUUGGACCGUUGGAAGAUGCAUCGAUACAGUCUUCGGUUACUGUACAGCAACGCAGGCUUCAGGCUCUUGAGCCAUGGAUUGCACCAUUGAAGCUAACUACCUUACCUGAUUUGCAUGUUCCGGAUAACUUUAUAAGCAAAAUGCAUGCUUCAACGAGUGAACGACAGAGAAAGAAAGAGGAGGAGAAGAUGACCAAAGAUAGAGCCAAGGCACAUGACGAUUGGACUGAAGAUUCUGUAAAGGCUCGAAAAGACUAUGAGAAAGUCAUGAGAAAAGUAGAGGAGGAAUUGGCGAAGGUGCAAAGAAAGCACGCAGAUGAUCCUCGGAAGUUGGAAAGGGAGUUAAAGAAGCUGGAUAGAGACAGGGAAAGAUGCGAGAAGGAGUAUGAGAAAGAAAUGCGAAAGGUUGAUAAGGAAGAGGAGGGUGUGAUGAGCCUAUGGAGUGAUAAGAUCAGAGCUCUGUGGUGA